UUAAACGAUUGACAAUCCUGUUCUAGUAAACAUUGUACGUCGCGAAUCUAACUCGCUAAAAUAAACGUAAAACUACUCAUUUUCGGUUGUGUUUUGCUGUUUAGUGCGACCCAAACUUCUUUGAAGUUAUUUGGUGAGACAGUUCUCGCAUACAUGGAGUUCCACUUGGAUAGCGCGGAGUACUGCCAGGCCCAACACAAAUAAAGAGAUCCACUAGUCUUUUUUAACUAAAAGAAAUAUAUAUUUGUUUAUUAUUCUUAUAGUUAGACGCAGUUGAUCGAAUUGUACGUACCUUUGUAACCAAAUACAGCCACACAGUUUUCCGAAAUCGAAAAGCUUGCUGGGGUAUUGCAUAUCAAAAUAAAAAAAAAGAAGUAAAAAAAACACUAACAACAACAGUGUAACUGGGAGACAUUAACCAAUUUUAUCGUUUUACACUUAGAAAUUCAAAAAGACUGAUCGACCGACACUCAUUCUAAAAAAAAUUACAUAACUCGCGGGACGGGCUCUCGGUAAAUUAGUGACAAAGUGCUCCUCGCGAAUCCCGCCAACAUGCGCCAAAAGGAUAUUAGGCCAGCUCCGGCUGAGAUCGAGCACAAGGGGUUCAAAUUCCUUAUCACAGACAGACCCUCAGAUCAGAGUAUUCACACCUACAUCCAGGAAUUGAAGCGUCAUAAUGUGAGCGCAGUUGUGAGGGUUUGUGAACCAUCGUACCAAAUUGAUGAGCUCAAGAACCAAGGUAUUGUGGUUUACGAUCUCGAGUACGACGAUGGGACCUUCCCACCUAACCAAGUCGUCGAGGAGUGGUUUAAACUCAUCAAAAAGCACUUCCAUGAUAGUCCCGAUGCGUACGUUGCCGUUCAUUGCGUUGCGGGACUUGGUAGGGCUCCCGUUAUGGUCGCUUUGGCUUUAAUUGAGCUAGGACUUAAGUACGAAGAGGCAGUUGAACUUAUCAGAGAAAAACGUAGAGGAGCGAUAAACGCAAAGCAGCUGGCAUUUUUAGAAAAAUACCGUCCGAAGUCGAGACUCAAGCAGAAGAACGGCUACAAGAGCUCGUGCUGCGUGCAGUAAAACUAUCCAAUCCCACGACAGUGUUCAUCGAUAACCAAUAUUAAUUUUAGCACUAUACUUACUUGAUUGAUAUAUCUCUGUGGUAACCGAGACAAACUAAAAGUAUUUUUCGGAGGCGAAAAUGUAAAAAAAAAUUAUAUCUAUAUAAAUAUAUAUACACUCACCGAACGCCGAAGUGACGGAUGAGCUGGAGACGCGUCUGCAUGUGGCAUUGACCCAAGUUUCGUUAACGUUUGCUGUAGCCGCGAUAGCUUGGUCAUUUCUGUUAUCCCAUUUUAAACAUUUUUUACUUCUGUGCUAAACUAUGAAUUGCGAUAUUUUAACGACAUCCGGUAUUAGUGAUACAAAAAAAUAAUUUUUCUCCUCAAUGCCCGUAUACGAAGAAUUUAACAGUUUACGCAGAAUUGACCUGGUAGAUAAAUAUAUAUUACUGUCUCCAUUUUAUUAUAUUUUUAUUUUGUAAAUGUAUCGAACAGUGUAAUUUUAGAUUGGAAAUAAUGAUGUGGAAUAAACAGUAUAACGUG